CAAACCAAUCCAAAUCCGAGUGGCCCAUUGGCCCACGAUCUGGGGAGGUCUUCUGAGAGGACCAACAGGUAAUCCACCUCUCCGGGUUCACGCAUUGAGACACCUCAUCUCCCAAUGACGCCACUGGUUAGAGCCAAGGGUACCCAUAGUGGUCUUUACAUCUUAACUGGAACUCUUCCGUCAUUCAAAAGCAAAAGGGAUGAGUUUCCAUACCAUCGCGUUAACGCCGUUUUCAGUCAAGGACAUACUUCAGCUGGACCUUUAUCACACAUCUGAGGACCGGCUCCUGCUGUCUGCUCGUGCCCCCUCCAUGCCCCGUUUGGACGUCGCCCGACCGGAAGGCGCGCUCGCCAGGCUGGAGAGUGAUUGCGGGGAUCAGCUCGUUUCGGGGACGCCGUGGAAACGCACCGGGAACCUCGAUACCCGGAGAACCCUGUUGUUACCAGAAGUUAAAGCUAAUGACCGGGAAACAAGCGGCCACUACAUUUCUCCUCGCCCCGUGAAGCCCAAGGCCGCACCGCCACCACGGCCUCGCGUUCUGUUCUCCGCGGCUCAGGUGGCGCAGCUGGAGCAGCGCUUCACGCAGCAGCGCUACCUCUGCGCGGAGCAGCGGAACGUCCUGGCGCACCUGCUGGAGCUGACGUCCACGCAGGUCAAGAUAUGGUUUCAGAACAGGAGGUACAAAUGCAAGCGGCAACGGCAAGACCAGUCGUUGGAGCUAGCGGGCUACCCGGCCCUCUCACACCCCCCGAGGAGAGUGUCGGUCCCGGUGUUGGUCCGGGACGGGCAGCUCGUCUGCCAGGCCGCAGGGGCCCGUGCAGCGGCAGGGCAGAGCGGUGGGGCCCUCGGUCCCUCCGGUCCCGGCUGUGGAUAUUACCGCCACUCCGACGCCUUGUACGGCUACAACAACAACAACAACAACAACAACAACAACGUGUCUGUCGCUUGUCUCACCCACCUAACCGCCGCUCAGACGGCUGACCGCCACCCGGCUGACCUGGGCCUGAUGGACACUCGUUACGGACCUUCUAACGCGACGUUCAGCUUCGGACACAUUCAGCCGUCAAGAGGUUGGCUCGAUUAGAAUGAGUUCAUAGAAAUCUAGCAUCGAUUUGGAAUAUUCAUUGUAAUUUUUUAAUUGCUUUGCUUUUUUAAAUAUUAAUUUGCCAAUUAGUUGAAAUAAAACGACAAAAAGGGGGCUGCUCAUGUCAUAGAAAUAAUGUUUGGUUAAUUGUCUUUGAAAUUACUUAAAUUCCAUUUAUCUAGUAGGCUAGGCCUGCACGUGAUAUUGAAUUUGAUCUGAAGGCCUAGAUCUGUCCUUUGAGCGAAAUUAAUUAGGCCUACCGCGUAUUAUUGUGAAUUAAAUUAAAAGGAUAUUUAGGAAUCUUACAUAUACCUAUAAAUGCUGAAUUUAUUUACCUUAGUUCAGUUAUGAACUGGGAUUUCAUGGUUGAUACCACACCUUCCCCAGGCUAUGUUUGAGAAAUGUUUUAUCAAGGCACCCAUCGAA